GGCAUCCAACUUCGACACAUACAAAAAAAAAAUAAAUUUCUGCCGUGAUAAAUUUUCGGUGAUUUGGUCCGUAAUUCGCUCGCAUAUUUCCCUGUUUUACGUUUAAAAGUUCACAAACGACGAGCCCAAGCAGAGAACAAUGAGAUUUUUGUCAAUCUUAGCGUCAAAGUCAUGCAGCGCUUUGAAGCCCCAAGCUGCAGCCUUCCGCGUCUUCAACUUGCGCAACUACUCGACGACACACGAAGCUGACUUGGUUGUCAUCGGCGCUGGACCUGGCGGGUAUGUUGCCAGCAUUAAGGCAGCUCAAAUGGGAAUGAAAACAUACAAUGUUGAGAAAAACGACACACUUGGCGGAACAUGUUUAAAUGUUGGCUGCAUCCCAUCGAAAGCCUUGUUGAACAACUCGCACUACUAUCACAUGGCUCAUUCGGGUGACUUGGCGAAGCGUGGCAUCGAAGUGUCGGGCGUUCAACUCAACUUGGAAAAGUUGAUGGGACAAAAAACCACAGCUGUGAAGCAAUUGACCGGCGGAAUUGCCCAACUUUUCAAGAAAAAUGGAGUUGUUCCAAUCAACGGGCAUGGAUGCAUCACCGGACCCAAUCAAGUUACCGUCACAAAAGCUGAUGGCUCGACGGAAGUUAUCAACACGAAAAACAUCAUGAUCGCUACCGGAUCGGAAGUUACGCCCUUCGGCGGUGUCGAAAUCGAUGAGGAAACUGUAGUUUCGAGCACAGGCGCCCUCAGUCUCAAGCAAGUACCUGAAAAGAUGAUUGUUAUCGGUGCUGGCGUCAUCGGGCUCGAACUUGGUUCGGUUUGGGGUCGUUUAGGAGCCGAUGUUACCGCAAUCGAGUUCUUGGAUACCAUCGGAGGUGUCGGUAUCGAUGGCGAAGUUUCCAAAACUUUCCAAAAAAUCCUCACGAAACAAGGUUUCAACUUCAAACUCGGCACAAAAGUAACGGGCGCCAGCAAAUCCGGCGGUCGUAUCAGCGUCACGACAGAAGGCGUGAAAGAUGGCAAGCAAGAAACGCUCGAUUGUGAUGUUUUGCUCGUGUGCGUUGGUCGUCGCCCGUACACCGAUGGACUUGGCUUGGAAAAUGUCGGCAUUGUGCGCGACGAAAGAGGUCGUGUUCCCGUCAAUGGGCACUUCCAAACAAUUGUUCCGAACAUUUAUGCCAUCGGCGAUUGCAUUCACGGACCCAUGUUGGCACACAAGGCAGAAGACGAAGGUAUUAUCACGGUUGAAGGCAUGCUCGGAGGACACGUGCAUAUCGACUACAAUUGCGUACCGAGUGUCGUUUACACGCAUCCCGAAGUUGCGUGGGUCGGCAAAGCCGAGGAAGACUUGAAGAAGGAAGGUGUCGAAUACAAAGUCGGUAAAUUCCCCUUUAUGGCGAACUCGCGUGCCAAGACCAACAACGAAACCGACGGAUUUGUCAAAGUUUUGGCUGACAAGCAAACAGAUCGCGUUCUCGGAACACACAUUAUUGGACCUGGUGCCGGCGAACUCAUCAAUGAAGCUGUUUUGGCCAUGGAAUAUGGAGCUUCGGCUGAAGAUGUUGCCCGAGUUUGUCAUGCUCAUCCAACAUGCGCUGAAGCCCUCAGAGAAGCAAAUUUGGCAGCCUUCUGUGGAAAACCCAUCAACUUUUAAGGAAACGCACGAAAUCUAACCUCGUAAAAAAAAUUUAUAAAUACACACCCAAAAUCUGUGUAAUAUUAAAACAAGAAAAACGACCUCAACUUAA